AUGAGCGGUGUAAGAGGAGGUUGGGUACCGGCCAGCAGCGAUGUGGAGGGCCUGCAACAAUCGGAUGCACGGUUGAUGGUCCCACCGGUUGCUUACCGCACGGCGUACGAAUCCAUCGGUGAACUGCAAAAUAGCCUACAAGGUUACGAUCAGCAAGUGGCAAAGGUCAUUCAGCACAUCAACACGCUUGCCAGCGUCGUGGACUCGCUGCAACAGCAUUAUGAUUCUGUGGUAGAGGAGAAGGAAUAUAUAAUCCGAUCCCUGGAUGUGGCAGAGGGACGCAUGCAAGAUGUUCAGCGUAUUGUCCAGCGAUAUGCCGCUGUGACGGAUCCUGUAGUGGCUUCUGACGGCUUCACGUAUGAACGGGAUGUGAUCACAAAUUACUUCAACGAGUGCCAAGCCCAGAAGAACAUCCCCAUGUCGCAGCAGACACAUACAGAGCUGACGAUGAUGUUAUUUCCAAAUCGCUCCUUUAAGCGCUUCCUUGAACAGCUGAUGGAGACCAAACCAGCUGAAAUGCGUGCAGAAGCCAGCAGCAGCAGCCAUGGAAACCACGGCGGAAAUGCAAACGCGUCUAGCCGGUCGGCGGGUAACGCUCAAAACACUCACAAGGCCGAUGUGAGCAAUAAGAGCGGAAAUACAGGAGCAAAUGGCGAGCGUCUGCAUCCAUGUGUGCGUGUUUAUGGUUACUGUAACUAUAAGGACGCCUGUGCCUACGCGCUUUACCCGUACGAUGCAUGCCUCUCGCAUUUGAAGGGGAAAUGUCGCUUUCGUUCCCAGUGCCAUGAACGCCAUGUCGAUUUCCAUGGCCCACGGAACCACGGACCUGCCAACGGUGGGUAG